GUUAAGCCAAAUCUUCUUUAUCUAGAUUGGAUUUAUGUAUAAGGGGUAAUUAUAUUGCUUUUAACGAAGUUAACUUCCAUAACAUAACAUAACUAUUGAAAGUUUCAGGACACAGAAAAUGAUGGUAUUUCAGACAGAUCGGAUGGUGCUGUUGAUGUCUACCACACGUGCUUGAACAGAAUUUUCUUGAGCAAAAAAAUAGUAUCCUCCAACGCUAUCGAUUGAAUUAAAUUAUUAUUCUUUCAGAGAUUAGACGAUGCAUGUCAUGGAGGGAUUUUAAGGAGUACAUUGAUUUGAACACCAACUUUAGACUUGCCUCUGAUUUUCUAGACAAGUAUAUAUUUCUGGCUGUUGGAAGAGUGGGUUCGAGCACUGAUCUAAUUGCUCAAAGAGUUGAGUAUGUUCAUGAACCUCACAAGAGAAGUCAUUUAUUGGACCUUCUUCACGCACAGAGGGCAAAUGGUGUGCAGGGCAAGCAAUCUCUUACUCUGGUUUUUGUGGAGACAAAGAAGGGAGCUGAUGCUCUUGAACAUUGGUUAUGCCUCAAUGGUUUUCCUGCCACUACCAUUCAUGGUGAUAGAACACAACAGGGAGCUAUCACUAAACAAAUGACUACAAUAGAAGAAAUGGUUGCAAGUGAGUACAAUUAGCCAGACCCUCAUCUUUAUGACAAGAUCUUGAAGAUGGUCAUUUGUGAAGCGUUCUAGUUUGCUAUUAGUUUCAGUUUUAGUUAUUGCUCUCUCAAUAUAUUCUUUUUCUUUCUUUCUUUCUUUCUUUUUUCCAAAGGAUGAUUAGUGUAUAAUAAUUAAGAUUCAUAAUUUCUUUGUCUU